CCGGCCCUUUCUCCCUCUCUUUGGAAUGUGGAGAAACAAGUCCCAGCUUCUCCCGUCUUCACGCUGGUUCUGCCCUCUUUCACCUUCUCCUUUCCACCGCCAGCUGACUGGAAGAGCCUCAGCCAGGUGACCGGCUGACCAGUAUCGGCUUUCUGCAGAGAUGCUCUUAAGCUGAUCACAUGAUGAUGAACUGACCAGCCCAACUUAGCAGGGGAAGAUUGAUCCCUGGACAUGGAGCAAACUGGACACAGGCAGCACCUGUUCCUUUAAUAAGUGACGCGUUUAGCGUCAAUGACAGCCAUCAGCCAAGAGACCCUCUCUAAGUUCCACCAGGAGGGCUUCUUGGUCCUCAAACGGUUCUUCAGCCUAGAGGAAUGCAAUGCCAUGAGGGCCCAGAUCCGAAAGAUAGUCGCAUCUAUGGACGUGCCGGCCCACUGCCGCACGGAGUUUUCAACCCAGGAGUCAGAACAGCUCCAGGCACAGGGGUCUGCCGAAUAUUUCCUCAACAGUGGAGACAAAAUCAGAUUCUUUUUCGAAAAAGGUGUUUUUGAUGAAAAAGGGGACUUUCUCGUUGCAAAGGAGAAAUCGGUCAACAAAAUUGGUCACGCACUGCAUGCCUACGAUCCGGUCUUCAAGCAAAUGACCCACGCAGUCAAGGUGCAGGCUUUGGCAAGAAAUUUGGGUCUGGAAAAUCCUGUGGUGGUGCAAAGCAUGUACAUCUUCAAGUCUCCCCCCCCCCUCAUUUUACAGCAACCGGGCAUUGGUGGGGAAGUGACCCCACACCAGGAUGCGACUUUCUUGCACACAACCCCUUUGGGCAAAGUGAUGGGCCUCUGGGUCGCUCUGGAAAACGCCACCCAAGAAAACGGCUGUUUGUGGUUCAUUCCCGGCUCUCACACAACUGGCAUCACGCGGCAGAUGGUCCGAACUCCCCCUGGGACGAUUCCUUGCACCGAUUUCGUGGGCACAGAGCGAACGUAUGACGACUGCCAGUUUGUCCCUGUGCCAGCGGGCAAAGGGGACCUAGUCCUCAUCCACGGCGAGGUGGUGCACAAGAGUGAAGCGAACUAUUCUGAAGAGUCCCGCGAGGCUUACACCUUCCACCUGAUGGAGGACAAGGAUGCUGUUUGGAGCGCCGAGAACUGGCUUCAACCAACUCUGGAGCUGCCUUUCCCAUCGCUCUACACGUGCAACUAAAUCCGCAGAAUCUCUCUUUUGGGACCCCCACCCCUCUCGGGGAACCGGCGGGGGCUGAUCUUCGGCUCUGCAUCUGUAACUGGGGAAUUUCAUCUCUGAAUCCGCUGAGUCUGCUCAGGAGAGCAUGGGUGUGGAAUUAAAGCAUCAGUUCGUGACCAAGGAAAGUCGGACUGUUCUUGCUCAGCAAUGAUCCGGCACAGGGACGUUGUGACGGGAAAGGAGGCAUGCAGGGAACAAGCACUGCUCCUGGCUUCUGAGAGGAGAGGCGAGUUAGAAAUGCAAUAAAAUGUGGACUGGAAUUCCAACUAUU